GUCUUUUUUCAAUGUAGCGGAAUCUGCACACUUGUGGGUAAAUGAUGUAACCUAAAGAUCGGCAUGUCAAAUCAAUCUUGUAAACGUGGAAUCCCUCACAUUGCGUGGCAGUAAUCUACGCGGCAAGCGCAGCACAUAACUCUCUGUGAUACAGACACAAUCUUCGACUGAACAGAAUGGGUGACGGUCAAGCCGGAAGCGUUAUCAACAUCAACGGGAGUGCGAGUGGGCAGCAGGCUCCGACAUCGAAUUCUCCGACCUUGACGAGAAAGUCGUCAUCAUCGGAGCUUCCGCCGGAAUUGCGGAUCCUGUGCUUUGAUCUGACACACUACAAUCAAACAACGCAGUUUCUGCUAAGCUGUGCGGGCGUCUUUAUACUCUACAUCCUAUAUGGGUAUCUGCAGGAACUCAUUUUCACGGUGGAGGGAUUCAAGCCCUUUGGCUGGUUCCUCACGCUCGUCCAGUUCGGCUACUACAUUGGCUUCGGCUUGGUGGAACGCCGCCUGGAGGCCUACAGAUCGGGUCGACGUUCAUUGUGGAACGUUGAGCCGGCGCCACGUUGCAUUCCCAUGAAAACCUACCUAGUUCUGGCUGCUCUAACCCUGGGCACCAUGGGCCUGUCCAACUCGAGCCUGGGCUACCUCAACUAUCCCACCCAAGUGAUCUUCAAGUGCUGCAAGCUAAUUCCAGUGCUUGUGGGCAGCAUCCUUAUACAGGGCAAGCGAUAUGGCCCGCUGGACUUUGCGGCCGCCUCCUGCAUGUGCAUCGGUCUGGCAUGGUUCACCCUGGCCGAUUCCCAGAUGACGCCCAACUUUAAUCUUCUGGGAGUUGCUAUGAUUUCGGGAGCUCUGCUGUGUGAUGCGGCGAUCGGCAAUGUCCAGGAGAAGGCCAUGAAGGAGCACAAGGCUCCUAGCAGCGAGGUGGUCUUCUAUUCGUACGGAUUGGGUUUCGUUUAUCUGUUUGUAAUCAUGCUGGUCACGGGAAACUUUUUCAGUGGAUUCGCCUUCUGCUUGGAGCAUCCCCUUCAAACCUUCGGUUACGGGUUCCUGUUCAGCCUGUCCGGCUACUUGGGCAUACAAUUUGUAUUGGCGCUGGUAAGAAGCAGCGGUGCGCCUAUAGCUGCCACCGUGACAACCGCACGAAAGGCUGUGACCAUCGCUUUUUCCUUUGUGCUCUUCAGCAAACCCUUCACUGUGCAAUAUCUUUGGUCUGGUCUGAUAGUUGUGCUCGGCAUCUAUCUUAACGUCUAUAGCAAAAAGAACAAACUGACGUUUGCGGACAUCCGUUCCAGGUUUAAGCAAUUCGGCUUCAGGCUAGCACGGUCACCAAGUCGAAAAUUCCUCAUCGAAGUAUAAUUUGAAUACCAAAAAUAUGCACUAGUUUUUAGUCAAACCGGAACAACGGCUUUCUAUAAGAAAGCUAUGUACUACAAUUACUUAAUUAUAUACUAUACAAAUCA